GGGCCUACGCGUGUGUUGUGUUUGUGUGGAGCUAAAAGGAAAAAACUGGAGGGAGUUUUUGUUUCGUUUUCUCUCGUUUUUUCGCUCCGGGUCGCCUGAGCUCUUUCACAAACAGGUCAUUUCACAGGCUGCAGCUCAAUGGGAAAAGUCUAGCCAUGUUCAGCUUUGAGGGAGAUUUCAAGCGGACCCCUAAGGUGUCCCUUGGGGGUGCCAGUAGAAAGGAAGAAAAAGCAUCUCUUCUCCAUCGGACUCAAGAGGAAAGAAGAAAACGAGAGGAUGAGAGGAGACGAUUGAAAAACGCAAUAAUCAUCCAGUCUUACAUAAGAGGGUUCCACGAGAGAAAGCGGCAGCACGCCAUUCAGAGGGGCCACUUUGACCGCUGUGUGAGUCAAACCCAAUCAGCCAUCAGCCCGGCGCUCACCGACAGCACCACACUCAUCCUGCUCGCCCGCCAGCUGCUCUUCUUCUACCGCCACAGCGAGGACACACACAGACUGAUCUGGUUGUGUCAGAGUGUGGUGAAGCACCACAUUCAGUUUGUGAAGCUGCUGGCGGGACCAGAGAGACCCACGUGUGUGUUCCAGAUCAAGAGGCUUCUGGGACACUGCUGCAGGCUGCUGCAGCUGUAUGAGGACGAUGGCGUGAAUGUGGCCGUUCCCAUGCGGAUGCUGGAGGUUUUCUCCUCUGAGAAGAUUUACCUGCCUGUCCUGCAGGACUCCAGCGCAGCCACAGCACUCACCGAGCAGAUUUUGCACUAUAUGGUACAGAAAGGGUACUACAGGUCUCUGUAUGUGUUGGUGAAUCAUAAACUGCCGUCGAGUUUGGAAUACAGCGACGCCCCCUCUGUUCCUCUGGCACACACACUGCUGGAACACUUACUCAAACCCCUGCACUUUACUUACAGCUCCUGUCCUGUGGGUGCCAGGCAGUUUGUGUUCUCUGCCUUCACCGAGCAGUUCAUCUCCCCUCCUUUCACGGAGCAGGUGUUCCAUUUCUUCGUUCCGGCUCUGGCGGACCCCAGAUUAUCGUUCCCCUUCCACGACUUCCUGUGGUCCCUGCAGGCCACCGUAGCCUCCUCCUCUAUGGCCCAGGCUCAGGCUCCCUGGCUCUUCUACUUCGUGCUGUCAGUGGGAGAAAUCAGCCUGGGAUCUCUGUCAGAGGAAGGCCUGCUGCUGUAUCUGAGCACUCUGCAGGGUCUGCUGCCGCUGCUGCCGGUGACGGAGAGCCGCAGCCGGAUGGAAAUUAACAGCGACUCUGAGGAUGAAGACGAUAAUGCAGUACGCCGUCCAACUCCACAGGAUGAGGGGAGGAUCUCUGUGCAGUUGAUUACGGAGCUGUGUGUACAGAAGCUGGACACUAAGCAGCAGACGAAUGCUCUGCUGGCCCUGGUGUGGAGGGACUCGGCCAGCGAGGACGUUUUCACCAUGAUGGCGUCCAUCUGCCACACACUCAUGGUGCAGCACCGCAUGAUGGUGCCUAAAGUCAGGCUCCUGUACAGCUUGGCAUUCAACGCACGCUUUCUCAGACACUUGUGGCACUUAAUUACAUCCAUGAGGACCAAAAUGAUCACAGGGUCUUUGGUUCCUCUGCUGCAGCUGAUGUCCCGCGGGUCUCCCAUGUCUGCUGAAGACUCCAGCAGGAUCAUCCCUCUCUUCUACCUGUUCAGCUCUCUCUUCAGCCACUCCCUCAUCUCCAUACACGACACAGAGUUCUUCGGAGACUCUCUGGAUGGUCAGGGGCAGCCGUCAAUGAUGCCCUUCUCUCUGUCUGAGCUGGUAACUCUGUCCCGCUGUCUGAGGGACGCCUGCCUGGGCAUCAUUAAGCUGGCCUACCCCGAGACCAAGAGCGAGCACAGGGAGGAGUACGCCGCCGCCUUCCGCAGCGUCGGGGUCAAAACCAACAGCCAGGUCCAGCAGCGCAUCCAGGCCCAGCAGAAACGCUGGGUCCAGCUCUUUAAGGUGAUCACGAACCUGGUGAAGAUGCUGAAGGCGCGAGACAUCAGGAGGCCGUUCUGCCCUGGGGGUCACUGGUUGUCUGAGGAGGUCAACAUCCGAGCUGAUAAGGUGACCCAGCUGUACGUCCCGUCCGCUAGACACGUAUGGAGGAGUCGGCGAAUGGGUCGGAUCGGACCUCUGCAGUCCACGCUAGACGUUGGGCUGGAGCCUCCGCCGCUGUCCGUAUCAGAAGAGAGACACCUGGCCAUCCUCACUGAGCUGCCUUUCGUCGUUCCCUUUGAAGAAAGAGUCAAGAUCUUCCAGAGACUGAUCUACGCUGAUAAGAGGGAUGUUCAGGGAGACGGCCCGUUCUUGGAUGGCAUCAACGUCACCAUCCGGCGGAACUACAUCUACGAGGACGCCUACGAUAAACUGUCACCUGAGAACGAGCCGGAUCUGAAGAAGCGGAUCCGAGUCCACCUCCUGAACGCUCACGGUCUGGAUGAAGCCGGGAUCGACGGAGGAGGAAUAUUCCGCGAGUUUCUGAGUGAACUGCUGAAAUCCGGCUUUAAUCCCAACCAGGGCUUCUUCAGGACCACCAACGAGGGGCUGCUGUUCCCCAGCCCCACCGCAGAGAUGCUCAUCGGAGAGAGCUUCACCCGACACUACUACUUCCUGGGGCGGAUACUGGGAAAGGCUCUGUAUGAGAACAUGUUGGUGGAGCUGCCGUUUGCCAGUUUCUUCUUGUCUAAGCUGCUGGGAACCAGUGCUGAUGUGGACAUCCACCACCUGGCGUCUCUGGACCCGGAGAUGUAUCGGAACCUGCUGUUCAUGAAGAGCUAUGAGGGCGAUGUGGAGGAUCUGGGGCUGAACUUCACCGUGGUCAACAACGACCUUGGAGAAGCUCAGGUGGUUGAGCUGAAGCCGGGGGGAAAAGACAUCCCAGUGACCACAGCGAAUCGCAUCGCCUACAUCCAUUUAGUGGCCGAUUACCGCCUGAACAAACAGAUCCGCGCACACUGCCUGGCCUUCAGACAGGGACUGGCCAAUGUGGUCAACCUGGAGUGGCUACGCAUGUUUGACCAGCAGGAGAUACAGGUUCUGAUCUCUGGAGCCCAUGUUCCCAUCUGUCUGGAUGACCUGAAGAAGUUCACCAAUUACUCAGGUGGAUAUUCAGCCACUCAUCCGGUAAUUAAGAUCUUCUGGGACGUUGUGGAGAACUUCAGCGAUGAUGAAAAACGUAAACUGCUCAAGUUCGUCACCAGCUGUUCUCGCCCUCCACUACUGGGCUUUAAAGAACUGUACCCAGCCUUCUGCAUCCAUAACGGGGGGAACGACCUGGAGCGCCUCCCCACCGCUAGCACUUGCAUGAACCUCCUGAAGCUGCCGGAGUUUUGUGACGAGCAGCUGAUGAAGAGCAAACUGCUGUACGCCAUCGAGUCGUCCUCGGGUUUCGAGCUCAGCUGAGGAGCGAUUCCCCUGCACUGCUGGAGCGAGAGAAUAAGAGGGAGAAAGAGAGAGAGGGAGAGAGAGGGAGGACUAUGUGGCCACGGCACUGGGACUGGAAGUGACCAGCUUUUGGAGAGGGGCAGCUUUCGUCUGCAGCAGAUGUGCGCUGAUUCGCUGGGAAAAGAAUGAUGUAGAAAAGAGAGAGAGAUAAGAACAAAACCCCUCUAUUGGAACCUCUGAACCUCUGCUUUGAGACAGGAGGAUGGAGGAUGAUUUGGAGACGUGCUGUAGGGACUUUUGGGGGAAGGAUGGGGUUAUACCAACUUUUUUAGCAUUUUAAAAGACUGUGUUUGGGUCAGUAUAGUCGUAUAUGGUAUAUGUAUUCAUAUAUAUAUAUAUAUAAAUACACUUAUACUGCUCAAAACUCUCCAUGAGAAACGUUAGACGUCACCAUUCAAGGCAGUGCAAUCCAAUAACGUGAUGCAUAUUUCACCAAAGAUUUUGCUAGGCUGGUGUUUGGGAGUAUCU